AUGGCACCGCUACGAUGGAAACUGUACUUGGCCGUUCCGCCUGCUGUUGUCGUUCUGUACCUCACGAACAUCUUCUUCUUGGACACGCGCAUUUCCCUCCCAGAAGUCUGGUUGCAUCCGAAGAUCCUGGCCGGGACAGGGAAGGACCCCCGACCGGUUGUGGUCACAGCUGCAUGUGGAGUGGAGGCCACGAAGGAACUCCUCUUCUCCCUGCGAUCCCUCAUCCUCUUCUCUCAUGUCCCCUUCCGAUACGUCGUCAUCGCCGACGGCGCUGCAGCCAAGUUACUCUACCAGGUGCAGAGAACGAUUCCUCCGCACGUUCAGCUUGAGAUCGUGGGGAUAUACAAACGCAUUCCUUGGAAGUAUCGUCCCUGGCAUGAUGCAUUCCACGAACCCUGUACAUGGCAGAGGCUGUACCUGCCCGAAAUCCUCCCAUAUGACAGCCUCGUUCUUUACGUCGACGUUGAUAUUUUGUUCUUCGAGGGAAUAGAAGACGUUUGGCAGGUUUUCAGUCAAUUGGGGCCUGAGCAUGUGAUCGGCAUCACCAUGGAACACGAGGAGAAUUCCACAACUUCCAUUUAUCAAACUUCGAACGGUCACGUGCCCCAUUACGGGAAGACGGGAAUUCAGGCAGGGAUUUUCGUGAUGGAUCUAGAGAAGGUGAGAUCUUGGGGUUGGAAGGAGGAGAUUCAGGGGAUCCUCGAAGAAAGGCAAGGUGACAUCAUUUACAAGGAUCAGGAUGUCCUCAACAUUUACGGACAUCGUCAUCAGGAAGCCAUCAAGAUUUUGCCUUGUCGAUGGAAUUUCAGGCAGGAACAUUGUCGCUACGAAGGAAAUCGCUGCCUGUCGGCAUACAAGGAAGGAAUCGGGAUCCUCCACGGCGCCGGCGGGUCCUUCGAAACCUGGGAGUUCCCGGGGAUCCGAAAGGCCGCGGACGUCUUCCGGGAAUGGGAUUUCCUGAAGAAGAACGCUUCCGGCCUCGCGGACGAGAUGGAGCGAAGAAUCGCGAUGCUGGACGACGACCCCAGCUGCGAUCCCUUGCGGCUUCGAUUCUUCUCCAAGACCUUCAGGAAGCAAUCGUCGCAGAGUUUCGUGACGUCAUAG